AUGGUCUCUAUGGUCGAGACCUCCCAUCCCGAGCACAAUGACACGGUCAUGGAUCCGGUCGUGCCCAAGUCCGAACCGUUGCCUGACGGUUCGAUCAGCUCGAAUGUCUCAACGCCGGACCCUGAAGUCGAGCCUUUAAAUCAAGAGGCCGCGCAGACUCAAAAGAGAAAGGGUGGUCGGAAACCUAUAUAUGCCACCUCUGAAGAACGCAAGCAGCGCAACAGACAGGCACAAGCCGCCUUUCGCGAGCGUCGUACGGAAUACAUCCGUCAACUCGAGACCACCAUCAAGCGUAAUGAAGAGCAACUACAGAGCCUCCAACAGAGCCACCGUAGCGCCGCCGACGAAUGUCUGAUGCUGCGCUACAAGAACUCUUUGCUGGAGCGUAUCCUGCUCGAAAAGGGCAUUGACGUCCAGGCGGAGUUGCGCCUCAAGACUGGUGCUCCCGGUGCUGCCGCCAAACCGGCGCCUAAUCCCAUGCCACCCAAGUCGGCGCCAGCUCCUCCGGGCCCUCGUCCGGGACAAAGGCACCCUGCCGGCAUCGCCUCCAAGCCCGAUGCGUUCGGCAUCUCGCAGCGCGAAGGUGCCUAUGGAGUUUCAUCACCGCAGUUUCAAGCCACCCCCACUUCUCACGUCUCCUCGCCGUCGCAUGCCAAGUCUCCAGGCUUCGCAUUCCAGGGAGGCGGCAUGUCUCCUGUCGGUGUGGAAUCACAGGCAGGGCGCCCGCAGUUACUGCCGCAGCCGCGAACCUUCAACAAUCAGACUUCGCCGCCAGCUAUCAGUAUGCCCCAUACCGAUCCGUCAGAUGCCAAGCCGCGGAGGCCCGGGCUGGACGAGUCCCAUCAGCAUACUACCCUUCUCCUUUCCAAAAGCAUUAUGAUCAGCUCGGUAAGAAUUACACUUUUAAGAUCCCUGAGGGACUACUUUUUCCCAUCCUCCCCAAGAGUUUGGCUAACACUUCUAGAACAAGAAUACGAUGCUCAAGCAGAUAUGGUGGAUGAUGACCAAGAUGGAUCUAUUCACGGUUCAUUUGUCCCGGGGUUUACACCUCAAUCGGUUGCUUCGGGCUCACACAGCUUGACCGGAUUCAAUCCACCUUCUGCCGGAGAGGGUUCAGCCGGAGACUUCGGAAAUGCAAACCAUCUGCUGGGACAGUAUGAACCGAUGCUGGACAAUGAUCCGUUUGGACUGAGCGCCAGUAUGCAUUUUCCGACCCCAUUCAACUAUGAACAGAACCAUCCACGAAGUUGA